AUUUCACCUACGACCUACGUGGCAAGUUUUGUGUUAUUUUAUUGAAAGUGGUGUCCAAAUAAUGGUAAUCCAAAUAAAAUGGGACUUAGGAUGAAUUAUUUAUUCAUCGGGUGCCUUCUAGCAUCGAUAUACAGCAGCAAUGGUUGCAUAAUGGAAGAUGUCACGACUUGGCAGCUGCCGAUCACCGUUCGCAUCGAGGAUUAUCAUGAAGGCAUUGUUUUACAACGCGCAGUUACUGAUAUUGGAGGCUUCACCCUUACAUCGUCAAGUGAUCUCAACCAAGGUCCAUACAUCGAUGCAUCAAUUGAAAAUUCCGCUUUUAUCCUUCGUACAAACGAAGCGUACAGGCUGUUUGAGGAACACGAGACUGCCGACCUUAUUAGCUUGACGUACGCCUUCACAUGUACGAACGGACAAACUCCGUCGUCUCCUCUUACGAUCCGCAUAGAAAUAAACGACAACAACAACAAUCCGCCGUUGUGGAAGACACCAGACACCACCGCAUCAGAAACCACCACGUACGAUUUCACCAUCGCUACGCCCGUGCCGCCCGGAUUCCUAAUCACCAACUGCGUCAGCGACAUAAUCGUUAGAGAUAUCGAUCUCACUACGUACAGAAUCGAUUUCGGUAUCGAGGACAAUCCAUAUAUUGGCAUCGAGUAUGAUGAGGCGGCCUCGACUGAUGCUAAAGAGUUUAAAGCCGUAUUGAAGAGCACUGCGUUUAUAAGAUCAAUUCCUGAGCCGAUUAUUCUGACUAUUAGUGCUACGGAUGUCGACCUAACUGGAGACCCUCCUAUAACAAGAAGCACAACAGUUACCAUAUAUGGUAGUUCUGAUUUCGAGCUGCCCCUCGAGCCGAUAUUUAGUCAGGCGUUCUACUUAGCGACUUAUACCGAAAACGACCAAGUUACUGUGGAACAACCGAUCACGUUGGAGCAAGGCUAUGAUGAACUCGUACAGUUUAGUUUGGAAGGAGAUUACGCCAUUCAUUUCGCCAUUACGGUCAACGGCAAUCUAGUGACUCUGUCAGUCACAAAUGCGCUACCCGCAGCAGCGUUACAAGAAGGACGGAUUUACUUAGUGGUACAGGCUUCUCGGGAGUACACCAGUGGAGCAUCCACGACCAUUGUAGUAGAGCUACCUGAAGUUGUGCACCUGGAAUUUGAACGGCCUCAUUACGAGGGAGAGAUUGUGGACAAUACUCUGCAGUUAACGCAACUAAUUUUAAGUCAAGGAUACCAAGGAUCUGUUGUAACUGUUACUGUCGAAGAUUACUCCUCGUUUUUUUCCGUCGCGGUCGUUGGAAACACAAUAACCCUGUCAAUGACUCCCUUGGAUGAUAACAUUAUUCAAGAAAAUAAUUUUAUUAAUUUGAGAGUCACCGCGUCUACUGGCUUUAGUUCUGCUACAACUAUAGUCACAUUAGAGAUAGUGAAAGAUGACGUCACAACUCCAGUAUUCGAUCAGAGUUUGUAUACGGGAACGUACGAUCCAGCCGCUGGUCUGACGGUGGAACCAGUUUUAUUGGCGCGAGGAUAUGAUGAAACCGUCACUGUAACCCUUGCUGGAGAAUACGAAAGUUACUUCGAGUUGACUCGGGACGGCCCCUCGUCAACGCUCCGGGUGGCCGGAGACGGCCUGCCAUCGCAUAUCUUAAGCCAGAGUCACCUCCACCUCUCCGUCGAGGCCGCAAAACCGCGCACCGUCGGCGCGAGCGCUGUGGUGGCCAUCACUUUACCCGGAGCAAGGGAAAUACAAUUUGGAGCUCAAUCUUACAAAGGAUCGGUACAAGACAAUAUAUUAACACUAGACACGAUCACUUUAAGUGUCGGUUACGAAGAAGACGUGACUUUUUCGCUCUCCGGCGAUUACUCAACCUUAUUCGCUCUAUCGAACGUACAAAAUCAAGUGACAAUAAGUAUGGCAGCACAGCUUCCUCAAGAGGUUAUUUCAGAAAACAAUUUCCUAAUGUUGACGCUGUCGGCUGAAGGACUGAACGCUCUGCCGACUACCACUGCUGUGUUACUUGAGAUAAUCAAAGUUGACGCAACGACGCCUGUGUUUAGCCAGCCCAUUUAUGAUGGCACUUACUUAGGUUCAUUAGGUUUUGAGUUGGGAAAUAUAAACCUAUUACAAGGAUACGACAGCAGCGUGACGUUCAGGAUUCAAGGAGAAAACUCGGAAUAUUUUUCUAUUACACAAAACCAGAAUAGUGUAACAUUGACUGUCCAAUCAAGUAUUCCUGAAGAGGUUAUAUUCCAAGAAAAGGCAUUUGUUUUCAACAUAUUCGCCGACAAACCACUGACAGUAGGCGCUAACGCUGCCAUCGUCGUAAGAUUCUCGGAAGACCUAAUAGAGUCUGCUGUUAUGCAGUUUGCUAAAAAUACUUAUAUCGGAAGUUUAGAAAAUAACGAAUUCGCACUGGAAAACAUCGUUCUCGAGACAGGGUUCGCUGUUGACACACAGUUUUAUCUUUCCGGAGACUAUGCAGCAUCAUUUACGCAUACAGUCACAGCCAACAUAGUAACUCUUUCAAUGACUAGUGAACUCCCCGCCGAAGUCCUAGAAAAUAACAAAUUUAUAGUUUUAGAAUUAGAAGCACGUAGAGACAGGGCGGUGUCAGUCGUCACUGGAAUUAUUAUAGACAUAGUCGAAGGAGAAAUUAUAACGCCUGUAUUCAGCCAAGCAUAUUACAGCGGAAUUUAUACAGAGGAAAAUGCUUUGCAGUUCCAAGAUACUAUUACUCUCAUGCAAGGUUAUGACGAAACCGUUACUUUCGGGUUGGAAGGUGAAUCUGCAGCGUGGUUUGCGGUGGAAUGGAAUGAAAAUUCCGUUACUGUAGUGAGUACGUCUCCCCUUCCACAGGAUGUACUAGACAGCUAUCACCAGCUGCUCUUCACUGUGGUCGCGUACAAACCUAACUCCAUCAAUGGACGCGCUGCCAUUUCUGUCGAAUUACCUACAGAUUUAUUAGAACAAGAAGUACUACGCUUCGCCCAAAGCAGUUACGAGGGCCAGGUAGACGGAUCUCAGUUGCACGUGCCAACGAUUACGCUGUCCAACGAAAUUACGGAGAACGUGAUAGUUUCAAUGUCAGGAGCUUACGCAACUUAUUUCACUGCAACCCGUGAUUCAAACACCGUUCAUGUUGAACUUGUGAAUGAACUGCCUACAGAAGUAAUAACCAACAAUGAGUUCAUAGUACUUGAUAUAAUUGCUUCAAAAACAGACGCUGUAAGCGGUUACACAGCUCUCAUUCUAAGUAUAGUCAAAGAACCGAUUAACGUUACACCAGUUUUCGAACAAGCUUACUAUACUGGUGAAAUAUCAGAGCAAGGCGAAUUGCUCUUUGAGCAUACGAUGCGAUUGAUCCAGGGAUUUGAUGAAUCUGUUUCAUUUACUCUCAGCGGAGAUGGAUCUGAUAGGUUUAUCCUUACGCAAACUGGGCAGAAUAGUUUAUCGCUAUCCAUCACUCAAGGAGGAAUAGAAGGGAUAGAAAACAUUAGCCAUUUUGUUUUUUCUGUUGUGGCUAGCAAAGCUGGGAGUGUUUCAGGCCACGCGGCUAUUGUCAUUCAUAACACGGAUUCCUCCACAGCUAGAACUAUUAGCUUUUCUCGUAAUUACUACACGGGAUCACUGGAAGACAAUGUUUUGAUCAUGGAAGCAAUCAACGUCAUAGAAGGUUACGGUUCGGACGUCUAUCUCACGUUAAGUGGAGACUUUGUGGAAUAUUUCCAGUUGGUCGGACAGGACGGCACGUACACAUUGCAGCUAGUGUCUAACGUUUCAAAUGAAAUAAUUGAAGCACAUACUAUGUUGAUAUAUACUCUUGAAGCAAAUGGAGACAAUGGGAGGACCCAUGCCACAGUUAUUGUAGAACUGGUUAAAAGUAAUGAAGUAAUUGAGGCCCUAUCUUUUGAUGAAGCUUACUAUGUUGGCUCUUAUUCUGCAACAACUGGUGUUAUGGCAGAUAUACAGCUGCGAGUCGUUACUGGAUAUGAUAGUGAGACAGUGUUUACUAUACAAGGAGACAACAGUGCUUGGUUUUACGUUCAACACUCGGAAAGCGUGGUGACAAUAAGAUUAGCUGCUCCUUUGCCAGUUGAACUAUUUAUUGAAAACCAGCCAGUAAUAUUUGCCAUCAAUGCAGUCAACUCCGGUGGCAGUACAGCAGUAGCUACGAUAGUAGUAUCUUUAGAAGGAGAAUUAUCUGAACUAACUGUUCUUGGAUUCGAAAGAAGUAGUUACUUUGGAACAAUUGAAAGUGAUACAUCAACGUUACAGCCUAUAAUCCUUACCCAGGGAUACAGCUCAGAAGUUUAUUUCACAUUACAAGGAGAUCUGGCCUCAUAUUUUAAUCUACAACAGCAAGGGUCAACAGUUAACAUCGUUCUACAGAGUUCCAUUCCAGAAGAGACGAUGCCUGCCAACGGGAUUUUGUUAUUUGAUUUGCGCGCGUCAGCACCAGAAGCCAUAGCCGCUACGACAACUGUAGUAAUCGAGGCCCAGCGAGCUGGUGAUAGCGAGGACCUUGCCUUUAGUGCUGCUUACUAUAUUGGAGAGUACAGUGAGACUAGCGGCCUCGCGUUUGACUCUAUGAUCAUGCUAGACGUAGGCUACGAUCAAAACGUACAGUUUGCAUUGGAAGGCGAACAUUCACAAUGGUUUGCCCUGGAAGUUCAAGGCAAUACUGUUACGCUCACUAUAUCCGGUGCCAUUCCGCCGGCGAUCUUAGUCAACAACCAUCAGCUAGUAUUUCUUGUUGCUGCACAGAAAUCCAAUAGCAAUAUUGCAAAAGCAACCAUAAUCAUUUCAUUAAUAGACGAUUACACUGACGCAAUUAUUCUCGGUUUCGAGCGAGCAAACUAUCUUGGUUCUAUUGAAAAUGAUGCAUUAACUAUAGAACCAAUUGUCCUUAACGAGGGGUACACGGACGCCGUUACAUUUACGCUUUCUGGUGAUCUGGCCUCAUAUUUCAAUCUACAACAGCAAGGGUCAACAGUUAACAUCGUUCUACAGAGUGCCAUUCCGGAAGAGACGAUGCCUGCGAACGGGAUUUUGUUACUUGAUUUGCGAGCGUCAGCACCACAAGCCAUAGCCGCUACGACAACUGUAGUAAUCGAGGCCCAGCGAUCUGGUGAUAGCGAGGACCUUGCCUUUAGUGCUGCUUACUAUAUUGGAGAGUAUAGUGAGACUAGCGGCCUCGCGUUUGACUCUAUGAUCAUGCUAGACGUAGGCUACGAUCAAAACGUACAGUUUGCAUUGGAAGGCGAACAUUCACAAUGGUUUGCCCUGGAAGUUCAAGGCAAUACUGUUACGCUCACUAUAUCCGGUGCCAUUCCGCCGGCGAUCUUAGUCAACAACCAUCAGCUAGUAUUUCUUGUUACUGCACAGAAAGCCAAUAGCAAUAUUGCAGGAGCAACCAUAAUCAUUUCAUUAAUAGACGAUUACACUGACGCAAUUAUUCUCAGCUUCGAGCGAACAAACUAUCUUGGUUCUAUAGAAAAUGAUGCAUUAACUAUAGAACCAAUUGUCCUUAACGAGGGGUACACGGACGCCGUUACAUUUACGCUUUCUGGUGAUCUGGCCUCAUAUUUCAAUCUACAACAGCAAGGGUCAACAGUUAACAUCGUUCUACAGAGUGCCAUUCCAGAAGAGACGAUGCCUGCGAACGGGAUUUUGUUACUUGAUUUGCGAGCGUCAGCACCACAAGCCAUAGCCGCUACGACAACUGUAGUAAUCGAGGCCCAGCGAGGUGGUGAUAGCGAGGACCUUGCCUUUAGUGCUGCUUACUAUAUUGGAGAGUACAGUGAGACUAGCGGCCUCUCGUUUGAAUCUAUGAUCGUGCUAGACGUAGGCUACGAUCAAAACGUACAGUUCGCAUUGGAAGGCGAACACUCACAGUGGUUUGCCCUAGAAGUUGAAGGCAAUACUGUUACGCUCACUAUAUCCGGCGCCAUUCCGCCGGCGAUCUUAGUCAACAACCAUCAGCUAGUAUUUCUUGUUACUGCACAGAAAGCCACUAGCAAUAUUGCAGGAGCAACCAUAAUCAUUUCAUUAAUAGACGAUUACACUGACGUAAUUAUUCUCGGCUUCGAGCGAGCAAACUACCUUGGUUCGAUUGAAAAUGAUGCAUUAAAUAUAGAACCAAUUGUCCUUAACGAGGGGUACACGGAUGCCGUUACGUUUACGCUUUCUGGUGAUGUGGCCUUAUAUUUCAAUCUACAACAGCAAGGGUCAACAGUUAACAUCAUUCUACAGAGUUCCAUUCCAGAAGAGACGAUGCCUGCCAACGGGAUUUUGUUACUUGAGUUGCGAGCGUCAGCACCACAAGCCAUAGCCACUACAACAACUGUAGUAAUCGAUGCCCAGCGAACUGCCGAUAUCGAGGAACUUGCUUUUAGUGCUGCUUACUAUAUUGGAGAGUACAGCGAAACCAGCGGCCUCGCGUUCGAUGCCACCAUUUCAUUAGACGUUGGCUAUGACCAAAACGUUCAAUUCGCCUUAGACGGAGAACACGCGCAAUGGUUUGGUCUGCAAGUCUAUGGCAAUGCUGCGACGCUCACUUUGUCUAAUACUGCCAUUCCGCCCUCGGUUUUAGUCAACAACCAUCAAUUGGUAUUUACUGUUACUGCACAAAAACCCAAUAGUAACCUCGCAACAUCAACCAUGGUGAUAUCGCUAGUUGAUGAUUAUACGGACGCCACAAUUCUCGGUUUCGAACGGGCAAGCUAUCUUGGUUCUAUUGAAAAUAAUGCGUUAAUUAUUGAACCAAUUGUUCUUAACGAGGGGUACAGGGAUGAUGUUUUUUUUACUUUAUUUGGUGAUUUGGCGUCGUACUUCAAUGCCCAGCAGCAAGGUGCCACAGUAAAUAUUGCACUGCAGAGCACUAUUCCAGAACAGUCGUUACCCGCCAACGGCUUCUUGUUGUUGGAGUUGCGAGCUUCAGGGCCCCAAUCAGUACCCGCUACAGCGACUUUAGUGAUCGAGGUUCAACGGGCUGCUACUGUAGAAGAAUUGGCCUUUACUGCUGCCUACUACACCGGAGAGUACAGCGAAUCAGGUGGCCUCUCUUUCGAAACUGCCAUCUCGCUGGACACUGGCUACGACAAUGAUGUUUUGUUUACCUUGGAGGGUGAUAAUGCCCAAUGGUUUGCGUUAUCCAUAAUUGGAAAUUCGAUAACACUAGUUGUGGAGCAACCAAUUCCUCCUGCAGUAUUGGUUGAUCUUCGAAAAAUUAUUAUGAUUGUGAGAGCAGUAAAAUCCGAGACGACUGCGAGCACAAUUAUCAUCAUAUCCAUAAUUGACGAUUCCGGAUCCGUGAUAAAUGAGGCAUUUGAUAAAGUCCUGUACGAGGGAACCAUCAACAAUAACGUGGUUCAACAUGAGCCGAUUACUAUCACAGGGUACGCUGCUGGGAUCGACAUCGAAAUACUUGGAGUUUACAGGGAGCUUUUUUACGCCUCUCUAUCGGGAGAUAAGCUAGUAAUCGGAUCGACUGGCAACCUGAAUCUGCCUGAGGGAGUCUCACAUGUGGCGCUCGAAUUGCGAACGGGCAGCGCAAGCGCAGUUCUCAUUUUCGACGUUAUACAAUCAGAAACCCCAGAGCUACCGACGGUAGCGUUCGAGUCCCCAUCAUAUGUGCUGCGCGCUGACAUGGCGCAGACAGGACUACUAGGACUGGUCCAAGCAACAGCGAGCAACGGCGAGAGUAUAGCGUACUCCCUAGCUGUCGGUGAUGCCCAUCUCCGAGAGCGGAUUUCGAUUAACAGCAUUGGAGAAAUGCAUUUGUCUGCACCAACAAAUACUGGCGUGUAUAGCUUCCAAGCGAUAGCUACAUCAACUAUCACCCAAGUCCAAGCCACAACAGCGAUACAACUAACAGUAGAAGUAGUCGCAAUAUGCGGAGACGACCACGCGCUCCCGCCUCUCAUUAUCCUGGACAGAGACGAAGAGGACCCACACACUAACCUCGUAGUCCUCGACAGCGAAGCUCAAGCAGGUUGCCAGUUCAGGCUGACCAAUCGCUGGCCCCUCGACCAAGACUGGCUCUACGUUGACAACACUGGUCUACAUGCAAGAGCAAUCGAUCGAGAAGACCCGCGAAUAGCUUUCAUGGCAUUGUCGCAAGUUCAGGUGGAACUGGUAUUGGAAUGCGCUAGUGACACACAGAAUCGGGCUAAGCGGUCCACAGUAAACCCCAGACUAGACUGGCUCGGGCCCUACGAAUACGGAAGCAACAGAUGGAUACUUACAGACACAAUUUUAUAUAACUCUCGAAGAAGCUUCGUCAACUUGAUAGUUAACGAUAUUAACGACAACUACCCUAUAUUUGUCGGCAAUGAAAACGAGCCCAUUGUGUGUGGAUAUCCUAUUCCUGAACUAGAAUAUAUUGUCCUCCCUCGAGCUUUGGCAGAAUUAAAGGCCACUGACGCUGAUGUGGGUGAGAAUGCGGCGCUGUCGUUCUGGAGUGCGUCGGAAGUUUUGGCGGUGGCGUCAACUACGGGCUUUGUCCAUGUCAGGGAUGGAGCCAGCCUGUCGCAAGACCAGCGCCUCGUUGUGUCAGUCACUGACCUUAACGGGAGGGGAGACGGUCUAACUACAUCUAUAGAACUUCUGGUAAAACUAUUAGAUACGAGUCAUAUCGGUGUGGUUACUGUCCGCAAUGCAUUCCUAGACCAAGAGCAAACUAUUUUGGAAAAUCUGAGUUCGGCUGUGGGGUACGAGGUCAAAGUCCUCAGCUCCGCGGUCAUAUCCGAUGACCCAACCGAUUCUGCGAAUACAAGACGCAAACGAGAAGUAACCACCGAAGGAGCGUCAUUGCAGCUUUAUGUGUACGGCUUAAUUGAUCGCGAACCGGUGGCCGUUGACCAGCUUACAAACGACAUAACCCACAAUUUAAUAACCGGGGUUGAUGUCACGAGCACAGUAUCUCUGGAAGAUUAUCUAGAAGGCCGCGAGAUAUACGGCGGAGGACGUGAUACAGGUCUAUUAGUCGCAACAAUAGUCCUGAGUAUCCUGCUCUUCAUACUAAUGCUGCUUAUUGCCUUAUGGUUCUUCUUCAGAUGGAGAAAGGCACGAAGUUAUGACCAGUUCAGUGACGCUAAUAGUUUAGCCUCUCGUGAUGAACCACUGGAAUCACCGCAAAAGAUUGACAGUUUGAGAAAACCAAGACUCAAUAUAGAGGAGUUGAAAAGAAGUGAAAGGAGGCUUCAAGAAAUGCUUGACGCUCCGGUAGAAGAAGUAAGCCCGAAAGCACAAACCUCGCAAGUAGAUCCCAAAGAAUCAGUCGAUACAGUAAUAAAUAUGGCACCGUCUCGGGCCACCGACGUUACACUGCCCAUAGUAAUACAAUCAAUAGACAAGCUUAAAGACGACGAGAAUUCAGGAGAGGAAGAUGAAUUUGGCGAAAGGAUAAACAAGAGCCGGAGGAAAUCGGUAGUUACUUUUAACGAGAAUGUGGAAAAGAUUAUUCACGUAGAAGACAUUCCGGAUGAUAAUUCAUCGGACUUAGAAAUAUACAAGUUUUAAGUGUCUAUUAAGUGCAAAUAAAUACAUGGAAAUAAUGUUAUUAAAAACUUUUUUAUCAUUUUGAUAAUAUGAUUAAAACGUUUAAUCUGUUUCUUUAAAUAAAUUCAUUACCUAGUAUGCACAUCCUUUUGUUAAACUCCAGAAGCGUGAGUAAGCUCGAGCCAACGACCUCUCAACGACUAACAGAUGUUAUCAUGCACUUUUAUUAAAUCGCAAUAAACAGUGUAUUCUUUAUAAAA